AUGGCCAAAUUACGGCUUCGCCAGACUGUUAAAGGGGUCAUCAUGUUUAUUGCGUUCUACGGAUUUAUUGUGACUAGUUUCAUGUUGUUAACGAAACUAGGUUACGAAAUAGUGCCGAUCCGUGAAAUGGACGGGGUAGGUAACGUGGGUAGCCUACAAGAUCGGAUUAACAUCAUAACUGCUACAGAUAGCGGACAUAUCAAAGGAGCACCUGCUUUAAUCAACUCAAUUCUGAAAACCUCGAAAAGCCCUGACGAUAUCAUGAUACAUAUAGUAAUGUGUGAUGCACCAGAAAUUGUUAUGAAGCAGUAUCUGGGUUGCUAUGGUAUCAAAGUGGACGAAAAACAAAUCAAAAUAGUUCGUUUCGACGAGACGUAUAUCGAUCCGGAAAUGGCAAAAAUUUGGGAUGAUUCAUUUUUUACAAAUCGUCUCAGAAGCACUUGUAACUAUGCCCGGAACUAUUUUUACAGACUCUUCCCGGACGUGAACAGAGCUAUUUACUUGGACAUUGACGCAGUUGUGAACAGGCCCAUAGAGGAAUUGUGGUCGGAAGCAAUGAGGAAGCCGGCUCCUCUUCUAGCAGUUAAAAACCAACUAGAUUACAACAGAGAUCAUUUCCAAGUGGAUAAAGUGACUGACAUGUUCCAAAGCAGAUAUGGGCGAAUGUUCAACUCUUCGGCUUCACUCUUCAAUGGCGGAGUGUUCGUCCUUGAUUUAGAGUUUUAUAGAAAAUAUAAUCUUAUUGACGACGUCGAAUUCUGGCUUAAAGAGAACGACAUGUCGGACCCACCACUUUACCGUUAUGAAAGUCAAUCAAUUAUGCAAAUAAUCUAUCAUGGUCUGUGGCAAACUAUGGACGAAAAAUGGAACGUGAAGGCUGUGGGGCUACGAAAACCUAUCGAUGAAGACAUCGCAAAAACAGCAGGGGUAUUGCACUGGGUUGGAACACACAAGCCUUGGCUAGAAGACGGCGCAAACAGAGCCUACUGGGAAAGAUAUUUGCCAUUAGAAUGUUCAAUGAAAGGACGGUGCAUAGAAACGUUUCGCGAGGACAAAGCUUGGAAGUGUGCCUGUGAAAAUGGAAGAACUGGGACACAAUGUCAAUACAAAAUUGGUAUUAGACCACAAACAAAAUCGUGA